UGCUAGUCAACUAGAAGAGAGGCGGAAAAUGUAUAAUGGAAAAUACAACACAUGAAAACUGCACCGUUUAGUGGUGAAUAAAAAACCUUCCAUCAAGGCAACUUUAAAUAGGGACAAAAUAAGAAGGAUAUUAAUUGAUAAUUAAUAAAAAAUCAGUUAUGGCCAUGUGGUUACAGCUUUUCGUUAUUUUUCUAUUAUUUUGUAACUGGUUCCUGGACACGAACGAAAGAAUUAUUUCGGAUAUCGACGACGAUCUAGAUUUCAUAAUUGACUCGCCUAUAAAAGAGCGUCUGCCUUUUCGACCAAGCAGAACUAUCAAAGAAGAUUUGAAACCUAGAGCAACUCGAGUCCGAUCGAAUUUAUUUUCCGCACGUGGGUAUGGAAAAAGGGAUAGCAAAUCGGAUAUGGGAUUGUCGAGUGCUAGACGGUUUGGUAAACGAAAUGAACAGAGAAUUGACUCGUAUUUGUGUAUAAUAACCAAAUGCAAAAACUACUCAAGAACCCUCAACAUCGAUGAAGACAUUGUCAGUUUUUUAGAGGAGAAGCACCAAGCUCCUCGGGAUGAGGAUGUAGCGUUAGAAGACUGAGAUCUAGUUCACAAGUGAAUGCUUUGUAAAUUGGAAACCAUAUUAUUUCCCGAUAUAGAAAACAAAAAUGUGUCAAAACAAAGCAUACCUACCUCUUGUUUGUUAUUAUGGACUUAACCUGAACGUUGUACUGAUAUCUAUAAAGUUAUACUUAAUUAUAGUAGUAUUUUUGCUGUUACCAUUGACAAAAAUAUGUAACUUAAUAUUAAAAUAUAAUAGCAAAUGAAAAAAAUGAAUAUGUACCUAGGCUAAAAAAGCAAUAAACUUUG